AUGGCGUUUAAGAAGCGACGCAUCUUCGAUUUGCGACUGGUGCAAACCGAGCAGAAUCUAGCUAAGAUCCCGGCGAAUCGCAGCAGGAUCAGCAGCACCUUUCAUUCGCAGGCUGGCGCCCCAACAAAUCGCAGUCGGCGGCGCUUGAAAUUGUGCCAGCUGCGAGAGGUGCGCAGUUGGUUUAUGGAUAAUCUGCGCAAUUACUGCCAGACGACAUCGCUCCAUGGAUUCAGCUAUAUCACGCGACAGGACAUCAGUCGCAAUGAGCGCCUUUUCUGGCUGGGUGUAGUCAUUGCGGCCAUCAUCGCAGCAAUAACCCUAGUCUUGGUAUCAUGGUAUUCGAAUCGGGAGACGCCAACGGUUACGGUCAUCGAGAGCUCACAUUUUCCCACGUGGAACAUACCCUUUCCCGCGGUCACCAUUUGCAAUUUUAACCGAGUUUCGAAGACUAAAGCGACCGACUUGCUGCAGAAACUGCAACUGCCACCCAGUGCCACAAAGGAGCAUCUGCGGGAACUCUUUAACUUAACGCUUAUGUCCGUGGGAACGACUAUUAGCAACAGUUCCUUGGCGAUCUAUGACAGGAUAUUGAGCCUGAAUAACAUGACUCUAACGGAGCUAAUGAAUCGCCUGUCACCCGACUGCCUGGACAUGAUCUCACGCUGUGUGUGGAAGGGCAUCAAGACGCGCUGUGAGAGUCUCUUUCAGCGUGUAUUCACUUUACAGGGUAUCUGCUGUAGUUUCAAUUACUUUGGUGCCACAUCCAAUAAUUUUCCCAUUAAAAUUGCUUACCAGGUGCCCAAGCGUCCUUAUCGGGUUACUGGCUGUGGUUAUCCCACUGGCCUAUCAGUGCUGCUGGAUCCCAUGGUCGCCGAUUAUUAUGGCACCUUCUUCAGUGGCUUUGGGUUUCGCCUGCUCAUCCACGAUGCGUACAACUAUCCCGAUGAGAACGCGGAGACCAAGAUGGUCACAUCCACGCGUGAGAGUUUCGUUCGCAUCAAUCCGGAAUCGACGUAUGCCACCCGGGACAUACGGCAAAUGGAUUUUCGCUGGAGGAACUGCAUGUUCGGCGCUGAACGAACCUUGGAUGGCCUCAGACGCUACUCCUUCAUCAACUGCAUGUUCAUGUGCCGAAUGCAGAUGACUCUGCGCCGCUGCGGCUGCCUGCCCGCCUAUCUGGCACACAAUGGCACCGCCAAGAUCUGCGGAAUUCUUGACUUGAACUGCAUGAUCGAAAGCAAGCGUUUCUUUUCUCGUGCUUUGGGCAAUCUGGACUCACCGAUCUCCAUAGUGCGGCACACGAUCAGCUUUCCCUGUGAUUGUCUACCCGACUGUCAGUCAAAUCUUUAUGCUUCAGAGAGCACCAUUGGCAGACUGGAUAAGAAAGUGAUCAGCAAUUCCAAUCAAACAGAUAGCAUAUUGGUGCAUGUUUUCUACAGCGAUUUGAUGUCCACCAGAUAUCGCAUGGAGAUCUUUCAGAAUUGGCUCUCCGCUCUAGCUUCAUUUGGUGGCCUGCUGGGUCUCAUUCUUGGCUUCAGCAUUGUGACUGCCUUUGAGUUUGUCUACUUUCUAACAUUUCGACCCAUGUUUAACUACAUCAAUCGAGAUCGAGACUAAGCCGCAUCAACACAAUUGCGAUUCAUCCAAUACUUGAGUAUUAUCAUUAAACCUGGAUAUAAAUAGACUAAACAUAAACUGGUUUAUGAGAUAGGUGGUCUCAUCUAUUUUAUCUAUU